AUGGUCAAGAAGGCCGAUAAACGUUAUGGCGUCGUGCUCGAUGCUGGUUCAUCUGGCACAAGAGUGUACAUAUACCGGUGGCUGCCCAAUUCGGUUGCGCGCCUCGACGAAACCACCCGUCACGCUCUCCCGGAGUUGGAAACCAAGGACACCUGGACCAAGAAAGUGCAUCCUGGUGUCUCGACAUUUGGGACUUCUCCUGAAGCGGUCGGUCCGAAACACCUGAAGCCUCUUCUUCAGCAUGCACUCAAACAUGUCCCCAAACAUGCCGUCCCCGAGACCCCGAUAUUCUUACUCGCCACCGCAGGCAUGCGGCUCCUUCCCGAUGAACAACAACGAGAUGUUCUGCGCAAUGUCUGUUCAUAUAUCCGGGCCGAGACGAACUUUUACCUGCCAGACUGUGAUGUCCACGUACAGGUUAUACCCGGCGAGACGGAAGGGCUAUACGGGUGGAUUGCGGCGAACUAUCUCCUGGGUUCGUUCAAUUCGCCGGAAGAGCACGAUCACGGGAAUGAUCACCACACAUAUGGGUUCCUAGAUAUGGGAGGUGCUUCGGCACAGAUCGCAUUUGCACCGAAUGCCACAGAAGCAGAAAAGCAUGCGAAUGAUUUGACGCUAUUGCGACUGCGGACCGUGGACGGUGCUCCUCAAGAGUAUAGGGUGUUUGUGACGACAUGGCUGGGUUUCGGGGCAAAUGAAGCCCGACGGCGGUACGUGGAAGACCUCAAAGCGACUUAUGGCCUUGAUGCUGUGGUGGAGAUUCCGGAUCCAUGCCUGCCCAAAGGAGUCAUAGCGAAGCAGGACGGGACGAUCAUAUCCUCGGCCGAAGCGGGAAUUGCUUCAGACCAUUACUUGCUCGGCACUGGCAAUUUCGAGGAAUGUCUCCGGCGGACCUUUCCGUUACUUGAGAAAGAUGCCCCUUGCCUGGAUGAACCGUGUUUGGUCCAGGGCGUGCAUGUCCCGGCGCUCGAUUUCGACGUCAACCAUUUCAUUGGGAUCAGCGAAUACUGGCACACGACGCACGAGAUCUUCGAGAUGGCGCACAAGGACAAGGCUUAUGAUUUAAACACCUAUCAGAACCGCGUCAGAGAAUUCUGCGAACAGGAGUGGUCGGCCAUCAAGCACGGCAUCAAACAUAAAUCAUGGGGCAAGGAUGUCGACGAACAAACCGCCGUGGAGGUGUGUUUCAAGGCCAGCUGGCUUAUCAACAUGCUGCACGAAGGCAUUGGGAUUCCUCGGGUUGGUCUUGAGGACACUUCGUCCUCUUCUGCCCGUAACGGGACGAAAGAAUUGCUAGAAAGCGCCAAAGACAAGGGCUUCCUCGAUCCAUUCCAGGCGGUCGACAAAAUAAAGUCCACGGAGGUGAGCUGGACUCUAGGAAAGAUGGUUCUGUACGCAUCCGCAGAGGUUCCGCCCGCCCGCGAAGGAGACCUGCCCGUCGGAUUUGGCAGCAACGUACCCGGUAUACCCAAGGAUUUCCAGUAUCCUAGCGGUGGAAGACUCCAAGAUAUCCCAGACUAUCACGUUGGCACUGGGACGGACUCGAACCCGAAUGCCAAUACUGAAGGGCCACAAAGCAUCACGGACCAGAUCCACGAUACGCUCUUCAAAUCAGACGCGCCUCAUCGUCUGCCCGGCUUCAUCUUCUUCCUCCUCAUCCUUAUCAUCGCGACUUUUUACCUCUGCGGCCGCGACCGUCGCUCUCGGAUCUACAACUCACUAUUCCCAUCUUCUUCCUUCUCCGCCUCUUCCUCCGCCAAGCCCUCCUUUUUCAGUUCCUUGUUUUCUCGCCACCGCCGUCACGGUGCGGCUGGGCAAUAUAGCCGCGAUGUCGAAGAGGGCGCAGCGCGUCUUUACGACCCCGGUGACUUUGAGCUCGAGAACGUGUUCUCAGCUUCGUCCGAUGACGACACGACUGGUCUUGAUCCCGAGCUCGCCUUUCGAAAUCCCACGUCGCGUCCCAAAUCACUGACUAGGACGUCACCGAAAAGUAAACGAAAUCUCGGUCGCAUGACGCCCGAUGCGAUAGAUCGUAGAGGUCUUGUCGUGAGGACGGAAAGCCGGGAGCGGCUUGAUCUCGAUCCUGCCACAAAUGCACGGUCUAAGAGUCGAAAUGGCAGUCCAACCCGGCUGAAAUCAUGA